AUGUCAACCGGAAGGGACCGUCUACUGAAGAACCUGAAGAAAUUUGCUGAUUUUCAAUACAAGAUCUUCACAGCUCGAUAUGGACAACAGCUCAUUGACAUUUUCGAGUUCCCUGUUAAGCUUGUUCUCUCUCCUUUCACUCUUGCCAUUGACAUUGCUGGCUCUGCUCCACGCGGGUUUGGCGUGCCCGAGUUGGUUUCCAAGCUCUCUUACAUGUCAAUCUUUGUAUCUGUAAAUGGGUUGGUGGUGUUUUUUGAGUUUUGGGUUAAAGAAUGGAUUUUGGCAGUUGCUACCCUAGGGACUUAUGACAUAGCAUUAGAGCUGGGAAAGAAGGUGAUAUGUCAGAGGAACUGUGGAACCUGCAACGGUUGGCAGGCAUUGCGGUGUACCAUGUGUAGAGGAUCAGGGAGGGUGCACUACCAAGUGAAAAAUUACACCUUGAAAAGUGGAGAGAAGGCAACAGCUGAAUGUAUUGCAGAUGCCAUUGCUGAUAAUCGGGCUGAGUUGGUUCACCUUCCAUCCUCCAUAAAUCUUAAUGCGCCAUUACCAUCUAAAGACUGCCCGACCUGUGAUGGCACGGGUGUGAUGGGCUGUCAUGAAUGCAAGGACAAAUUACAAGUCAGAAUCUCUGCAGAUGAUAUCAUGGAGCCUCCGUGGAAAGCCUACAAUGUUUUGAGGAAGAUGGACUACCCCUAUGAGGCCAGUACCAAUUCUUGUCCUGUGCCAUCUGAAUUUUGUUGUUUUGAUAAGCUCUCUGGCUGCAGUGGUAAACAUUCCUUUGACCAGCGUAACUGGCAUAUAGUUCACAGCAUGAAAGAUCCCAGCAUCGCUGCAUUUUGGCUGUUUACCUUGCCUCAAGUUGCGGGUGGAUUCGACUUUGAUGAUGAUGUCAAGAAGAAAAUUUGGUGGCAAUACAAGGAGUCUAUGCGGUAUGAUCAACUUCGUGAUGUGGUGGCCAAGCGGAAACCUGGCUGGGAGAACUUGCAGGAAGCCUUGAUCUCCAUAGAUCCUGCUCGAGCCAGGGAAGAUCCUGUUAUUGUAAAAAAUAUCCCUUACUAUAAAGCCAAGAAAGCACUUGAAGCAGAAGUCAUGAAACUUGAUCCUCCACCAAGGCCACAAAAUUGGGGUGAACUGGACCUUCCAUUGAAUGCAUCUUCUUGGAGCAAGGAGGAUCUCAAAAAUCCUGAAAAGUUCUAUGAAAUGACUGUUCUUCUAAAUGCUCAAAGAGAAAUUGCUGAUAAAAUUUUGGAUUCACAGUGGGAGAAUAGAUGGCGCCAACAGAGGUUGAAUGAGAUGUUGGAGGAGAAGGUACGUCCAUACAUGCAGAACAUUGACAGUGGGAUCCUCUCUCAGCCUAUUAUAUUACCAUCACAAGAUCAGAAUCAGAAGGCCUGUACGUCCAAUAUUCGUGUUAUUCGGACAGCGGUUUCAGUGGAUUCCAAAGCUUGA